CCGCCCGAGGGUGCAAUACUGUACACAUAUAAAAUGUCAUAAAUGUAAAGUUAAUAUUUAUUUUUAAAGUUUUGUUUAUGUUUAAUAGACAAACUCCCACUUAGUGUUUCUUUUGUCAGUAUGAUUAUCAAAGAAUUUCGCAUCGUCUUACCAAUCAGUGUGGAAGAAUAUCAGUUCGCUUAUCGUUGGUCUGUCACUGAAGCCGAUAAGAAUGAAACUGGAGGUGGAGAAGGUGUAGAAUGGGUUAUAAAUGAACCAAGAGAAAAUGAUGAGCAUGGAAAGCAUCAGUACACUCACAAAAUAUAUCAUUUGCUAUCAAAAGCACCGUCUAUUAUAAGAAAGCUGGCACCAAGUGGAUCUCUCCAAGUACAUGGAAGAUCAUUCAACGGGUAUCCAUAUUGCGAAACCAUAAUUACUAACGAGUAUAUGAAAGAUAGUUUCCUUGUUUCAAUUGAAUCAAAACAUGUGUCAGAUUUUGGAAAAAUAGAAAACAUUUUUGGUCUCUCUAAAGAUGAACUGGAUAAAAGGCAAGUGAUAAACGUUGACAUUGUGAAUAACCCAAUCGAUCCAAGAGAUCACACAGCAGAAACUGAUCCGAAAAAGUUCACAUUUUCAAGAGAUGGAGUUGCAAGGGGACCUUUGGCAGAAGAUUGGAUGGAAAAACUAAAAGAAAAUGAUUCGACCAAACCCCAUAUGUGUGUAUAUAAACUUGUCAAAUGUGAAUUUAAGUGGUUUGGUUUGCAGGAGACCAUGGAAAAAAGGAUAAUGAAAUUUUACGCUCGACUAUUUCUCAAUUUGCAUCGCCAAGUUUAUUGCUCAAUGAAGGAAUGGUAUGGUGUUGGUAUGGAUGAUGUGUUGACAAAAGAAGAGAAAACCAAGGUUGAAUUAAAUGAAAUGAGAAAUAUCGGAACUGUACAAGGGAUGACAGAAAAAUGAAGUGCGCCGAAGUAUUGUAUAUUGCAUCAAAAUAUAAUCUCAUUCAAUUUCAACCUCCAAACCCAUAGCAAUUUAGCACACCAUUUCCAGUAAUCGUGUUCAGCUGGGCAAAAAAAG